CUUAUUUCACUUCAAUUUCAUCCACGUAAAAAACAACAACAUUUCUCAUAUUUCUCGAAUCUUUUUCUAUGCUCACAACCAAUCAUAUCAUAGAUGAAAUAUAAUCGAGUUAAUUGAAUUGAAUUGGAUACUAUUGAUAAUUCAAUUUAUUCAGAAUCUGUUUAUCUAUCUAUCUUAAUAGUUAGGAAGUUGAAAGCCUCAAGCACGACGCAUGGAGAACGUUCCAGAAUCUUCAUCGAAAGGAACCAAACGCCGGCGAACUGAGAGUUCCGAUGCCGGAAACACCUCAUCAUCACUCGAGAACGAUCUUACAUUCUCUGAUACGCUUAUUGCGCUUCGAAUCAUGCGAGCUCAAUUUCCCCAAAUUCUCAAUGUUUCGGUUGAACCGUUUAUAUUGAAGUCUCAAUUGUAUAGCAGUGUGAAGAACAGAACACAAGUGGAUAGGGAAUUAGAGUCUCUUCGGAGGGAUAAAGUGCUUCGCCUUUUUAAAUUAAAUACUGGACAAGAUGAUCAUGCUGUAAUGUUUUUGGAUGAUUACCUAAAACAGAUAGAUCGUGUUUUUAAAAGAAUGGAAGGAAAGACACGAGCAGAAUUUGAAGUUUUUGAGUGGUUCAAAAUUCAUGUCCUAGAUUCGAAGCUGGAAACUGGCAUUGAGCAUCAGGAGCUUUGCUCACUUUUGUCACUUGGGGGAAAGGUGAAGGACAGUCACAUCUCCCUUCUAAUUAAUGCAGGCGUCAUUACCAGGCAACUUAUUGAUCCAAACAUGUAUUGGAUAGCAAUUCCAAAUAUUGGCUCACUUCUUAAAGGUCUUGUCCAGGGAAGGAAGGAAAUUAUUUCUCUUCUCAGCAGGCGUCAAUAUAAGGAGAUGAUGUUGGCCGUUUUGGAAAAGAAGCGUCUUCGAAUGUCUCCACUCGAUAUGAGAUUUCAUCUUCGUGAUUUGAUUGGUUCCGGUCAUCUCAGAAGUGACCAGACUCCAGCUGGUAUAAUUAUCAGAGUAUCAAAAGAUUAGAGGUCCAGAAAGUCAUAGAUUUACUUGGAUUCAUGAAUUGAUUUGUCUGCUGCUUUUUAGGUUACAGCUUAAUUGAGGCAAUCGUCUGACUGCCGUGCUUUCAUAGCUUCUACAACAAAUGUACUUACAUUAUUAUUGGUGCUGGGCAUUAUUUAUGCCUAUAGUAUUUUUUUUUUCAAGUAUUCUUCGUAGUCGUAUUUUUUAUUUGCGAUUAGCAAUAUAGUUGUAGCUUUUAAAUUAUAAUUUCGUACUAAAUACUAAAGAGUCAUAAGAAUAGUAAAUUUGCAUUUAAAAUGCAUUUAGUAAUUAUCAGCCAUUAAGUUGUCUAUUUUUAGAUAAAUAAGUUUUGUGACAAGUGUUAUUAAAUUUCACAUUCUUUUA